CUCUCCUCACCACACGUGGAAAAAAUCGAGAAGCGAGUGAGAGAGUGAGAGUGAAACAGAAAAAAAGCAAGAAGAGAAAACUGAGACAAAAGUAGAGAGAGAGAGAGAGAGAGAGAGAGAGAGAGAGAGAGAGAGAGAGAGAGAGAGAGAGAGCUUAUCGGCACAACCUCUUUUCCCCAUCACCACCACCGCGCCACCGCCACCACCACCACCAGCAGCACCACCUACCGCGCCACCGUCAUGCCCCUUCAGAGGCUCCGUGCCGCUGUGCUCUGCUCCCUGUGCUUCCUGACGCUGGUGGGCACAAGUGUGGGCGUGCCCGAGGAAGGCGCCCACGCUGCCCCCACGCCGCCCAGAGACGCCCUAGACACCCAUAACGAUCAAGGCAAGUACGGCGGCAGUGAGGCAAGCGAGGUGGGGCGUGUUGGGGGUCAGCUUGGCAGUGGUCGGGGUGAGGGUGGUGCCCCGAUAAACCCCGAGAUGCUGCCCCAAGCCCUGCCCCUCAGGAACCCCUCAUCCUCCUCCCUGCACAAACGCCUCUACCCUCGCUGGUACCAAGCUUACGUCUACAAGAGCCCAAGUUUCAACCGCGUGGCCAGCCCUGUCGGCGAGCACAAAAGGUUCCAGCCGUUCCACCCCCUGGCUCGUUUCCGCGGCCUAGCUCUGGGCGGCGCCUCCUCCUCUGCCUCCUCCGGCUACCGCGGCUACGACCUGCCCCUUGCUGACCACCCCGGCCACCGUCUUCCCACAGCCCCGAACGCCCAGCCCUCUCUCAAAUACGACUCCGCGCUGGAAGACACUGAGGAGGAAGAGGAGGACGAGAAGCCGAUGAGGGUGGGUGAGCUACUACACCUGCUGAAGGAGAUCGCUGGGGACCGCGGUCUCUCCGGGCACACCAAGAGCUUCCGCUUUGGCAUCAGCAGGAGGAAGUGAGAGAAUGGGGAAAAGAAAGGCGUAGCAGAGAAGAGAAGGGGUGGAGAAACAAGAAAUAAAGGUGGAGGGUCAGGCCAGCUAAGGAAAGGAAAGGGUGGAGGGCUGGACGAGAGAAGAGGAGAGGAAGAAUCGGUAGUGUGAAGGAGGAAUAAAUAAAAUUGAAAAGAAGAAACUGACGAAAGAAAGACAGCUGUGCAAGGCGGGUAGGGAAGAUACAGAGAUACAUAAUGAACCUAUAAUAAUGCAUGUAAAUAACUGUCUAUCCUCAAUACAUAGUGAAUUACAGAGGGGGUAUCAGCCUGUCACACACACACACACACACACACACACACACACACACACACACACACACACACACGUGGCAGGUAUAAAGCAUGAAAGACCUUUAUCCUAAUCCUGCAGACGACACGAGAUAAUCCAUCCUUCUGUUGCCCUCCUUCCCUCCCUUCCUUCCUUCCUGCCUGCCUGCCUUUCUUCCUUAUUGACACUGCUGCGGCUGUCCUACUCCCUUACCUCGCGCCUCACAUCUCCCUGGCUCCCUUACCCUACACACACACACACACACACACACACACACACACACACACGUCAUUAGGUACAGUACUGGCGUGGUGUCAGUCACGCUGGUUCAUUCGCAGGUAAUUACUGUAGUAGCACACAGGCAGGCGGGCAGCGGCUGCUGAGCUCGGCUAGACGCUGCCCCGCCCCGGCCCCCUCCCUCCUCUUCCCGCCUCGCCUUGUCACGUCAGUCAGCAGCUAACCAUGACGUCUCCCUCCCACCAACAGUAAAAAUUCAAAACACUAUAGUACGGUACCUAUAUAUAUUUUUUUCAGGAGGAUGUAUAAGUAUAUACAUUAAAUAAAUGACAGAGAUUUACCCUGUGUG